AUGUAUCUCCAAAAGAUAAGUGUUAUUGGGCGUCAAAUUGUGAAUUGUUUGAUUUCGAUUACUAACCGCCAGAUUUGUCAAAAGAGAUUUUUGUCUUUGCAUGAAUACCGUUCAGCCGCUCUUUUAGAGUCUUACGGUGUGGGUGUUCCAAAAGGUUUUGCUGCCACCACCCCUGAAGGCGCUUAUGAAGCUGCUAAAUCCUUGGGCACCAACGAAUUGGUCAUUAAGGCUCAAGCUUUGACCGGUGGUAGAGGUAAGGGCCAUUUUGACAAUGGUUUCCAAGGUGGUGUCAAGUUGAUCUCUUCCCCAGAAGAAGCCAAGGACUUGGCUGGCAAGAUGUUGCACCAUAAGUUGAUUACCAAGCAAACCGGUGCUGCUGGUAAAGAAGUCACUGCCGUUUACAUUGUCGAGAGAAGAGACGCUAGAACCGAGGCAUACUUGGCCAUUUUGAUGGACAGAUCCACCCAAUUGCCAAUGAUUGUUGCUUCUGCUCAAGGUGGUAUGGACAUCGAAGGUGUUGCUGCCAAGGACCCAGAUGCCAUCAAGACCUUCUCCGUCGACUUGAACGAGGGUGUUACUGAUGAAUUGGCUACAAAGGUUGCUUCCGUCUUGGGCUACACCGAAGAAGCUAUUCCAGAGGCUGCAAAGGCUGUGCAAAACUUGUACAAGGUUUUCACCGAGAAAGACUGCACCCAGGUGGAAAUUAACCCAUUGUCUGAAACCCCAGACCACAAAGUUUUGGCCAUGGACGCCAAGUUAGGUUUUGAUGACAAUGCUUCUUUCAGACAAGAAGAAGUCUUUUCUUGGAGAGACCCAACUCAAGAAGACCCACAAGAAUCUGAAGCUAGCAAGUAUGGCUUGAACUUCAUCAAGUUGGACGGUAACAUUGCCAACAUCGUCAACGGUGCUGGUUUGGCCAUGGCUACCAUGGACAUCAUCAAGUUGUACGGUGGUGAGCCAGCUAACUUUUUGGACUGUGGUGGUACUGCCACUCCAGAGACUAUUGAGAAGGCCUUUGAGUUGAUCUUGUCCGACAAGAAAGUGAAUGGUAUUUUCGUGAACAUUUUCGGUGGUAUUGUCAGAUGUGACUACGUUGCUGAGGGUUUGAUCGCUGCUACCAAGAACUUUAAGUUGGACAUCCCAGUUGUCGUUAGAUUGCAAGGUACCAACAUGGAGAAGGCCAAGGAGUUGAUCGAGAACUCUGGUCUCAAAUUGUACGCCUUCGAGGACUUGGACCCAGCUGCUGAAAAGAUUGUGCAAUUGGCACCAAAGGCUUGA